AUGGUUGCAUAUUGGUCUAAAGGAUUAUAUGCAUUACUUUCUCCCUUACGCCAAUCCAGCUAUAAGCUGCCGUAUGAUUUCACUGAAUAUGGCCGUUGCAGUCGAACAUUAUUUAUCGUGGAGAAACAAAGACUUCUUAUAAAAAAGAAAGAUAUCCAAGUGUUACAACAAAAGGAUCUUUCUCCACGUCAUACAUAUCAGUCAGCUAUGGGUAAGCAAGCCAUGGGAAUUUAUGUCACCAACUACCAAUUAAGUAUGGACACGUUGGCCUACGUUCUCUACUAUCCUCAGAAGCCUCUUGUUACUACUCGAGCCAUGGUGCACUUGCACUUUAGGCAGCUACCUGCUGGCAUUAAUGCCAUUGUUGCCAUAGCCUGCUUCUCUGGAUAUAACCAAGAAGAUUCUGUUGUUGUGAACCAGUCAUCAGUAGAUCGUGGAUUCUUUCGGUCACUAUUUUUCCGAUCAUAUAGGGAUGAAGAGAAGAAGAUGGGGACACUUGUUAAAGAGGAUUUUGGACGUCCCGAUAGAGCUAAUACCAUGGGAACAAGAGUUUCAGGUGAGGAUGUAAUUAUCGGGAAGACCACUCCUAUUGCUCAGGAUGGUGCUAAGGGACAAGCUUCACGUUACACAAAGUGUGAUCAUAGCACAAGCUUACGCCACAAUGACAUUGGGACGGUGUUACUAACAACAAAUGCCGAUGGGUUGAGAUUUAUGAAAGUAAGGGUGAGAUCUGUUCGGAUACCUCAAAACAGCAAUAAGUUUAGCAGUAGGCAUGGUCAAAAGGGAACAGUCGGCAUGACUUACAUGCAAGAAGACAUGCCAUGGACUGUCGAAGGCAUCACCCUGACAUUAUUGUGA